AUGGCAUGGCUGCCACCAACAUCUCCAGCUACCCUGCGCGCCUCAAAACGCACCUGCGAAGAGAACACCAAAGACUCCAUGAAGACGCAAUGCCGGAGUGAAUUCCAAACGCUCAUUGAAGCUCCCAAUGAGUUCCCCAACAAUUACUCUCAGGCGUUCUUGGGAUCCACUCCACAAUCAUCAUCGUCGCUAUUUUCUGUUCAGCCUGCGUAUCCAGACAUACCCGAUACACGACUUCCAGACAUCAACGGGAUUGCUGUAGGCCAUCAAGUUCCACCUUACGACACGUAUGCUCCAGCCCCCGCAUACAGAGAUUUGAAUGGACAGUACAGCCUCACAGUACCCUACCAGCCUCCACCAGCUACUCAGCGGAGCCACGACUAUGUAGACUAUCCGCAUCAAUACCACCCGGAUGAACAACCUAUGAGUGUGCCUCAAGUUCCGCCUGAUCAAGGACAUUAUUACCCUUUGGACCCUUCGAUCGCUACAAAUCCUCCAGUUUAUGAACAGCCAGUAGAGGAGAGGCUUAUCUUAGCCCUAACUGCAGCAGACUAUGGCCAAGAUGUUCCGGUUUCCACAUCGGCUGAACAAGCAGCGUGGCAAGACAUUUACACCAGGCAAAACGCAUGGCUUUUUAGAGCGGAAGCAGACCUCCAAGGUCGUAUUACCGAGAUCGUUCCUGGUAUUCCCCCUGAGCAAGGCGCUUUAGGAAGUUCUGUUGGCAUUAAACAUGAUCUGAUUCCCACUGAGGUGUGGUCUUUGCGCUCUCUUUCGCCUUUGUUACGCUAUGCCGCGUACCGUAUGUUGACUGAGGAAGCGCGUGAGAUGAUUAUGUAUAACCAGGCUAGCGAAGAUUUUCAGAGACGUUGGGCGUGGAUUCUGAACUUUCAAGCAUUUUUGCUGCAGAAAGAGAAGGAGUGGGUGGAAUCCUUCGAACAGAUUGUCGAUACGCACAGACGUCGGUGUUGGGACCAGAAAGUGGAGGAGCAAGCCAUCGAGACCCCUGUCAACCAGGCCAUGAUUGAUGCAUUCGAGCGAUCGAAGAUGAAAGCUCGCGGUACGCCACUUGUCGAUGCGACUUUAGACAAUGAGACGCCACAGGUGCCUCCUUCUAAGUCAGUGCUCGUAGCGGAGCAGCUGGCUACAAGGAACAACACCACAGAAAAGGUUCAGAGCCCCUUAUCUCAGUCUGAUGAACCGUCAACACUGCCAGGAAAGCCACCUAAGCCAGAUAAAAUCAAGCAUCCUUUGGACAAAGUCGCAGUGCCAUCGUACCCUUUGGACAAAAUCAGCGACUUCACUCCAAACGAAGAGGGAAUAUACCAAUGCAUGCACCGUUAUGAAAGGAGGUGGCCUUGCUGCAAAAAUGGGCUGGAUGAGCGUAAAAUGAAGCAAGCGAUCUAUAGGAGUAUCAGUACGUGGAAGUCACAGGUUGAGCGCCUGAUAGAGAACGGCGAUUUGCAUCGGAGCCAUAUGACCUGGCCAACACAUCAGAAUCAGGCGUUGAGACGGGCUCAGCUCGCUGCAGAAGGACAGCGAGCACGAGUGAAAUCAGGCAAUGAAGAGGUAGAUACAGAGCGAAGUGGUAACGAGGAGAAGAAGCAGAAACAGAAAAGGCAGAUGGACAACACGGAAAAGGUAAGCCAGGAGAAGAGGAAACAACCAGUUUCGCAGCAGGAAUCACUUGGAGAUGCGAUGCCUGGAUCUUUAUCUGCUGCGACACCAAACUCAAGUCAGCAGUAUGAAGGAAUAGCACCUCAAGUAUGUCCUGAUGUAGCUGUUGCACGACUCGCAUUUGAUUGGAAUAUUGCACGGAUCAACAUGCGAGACAAGCAGGAUUUUGAGGAUUGUCGACUUGUGGAGCAGCGUAAGAAAUGGCCCGACUGGCCACGCUUCGGGGAGUGGUGGGCUGCACGGCUUUCUCAGGUCCAACUUUUGCAGCUCUCACAGGACCAGAAGAUUGUCCUGAAGCGUCCGGAACCAUCUAGCAUUGCGGACAGAGAGGCAGCUUUUGAUGAGAAGACCGAGGAACUACUGCCGCUUGAGGCACAAGAAUCAGCUGAUACGGAAGGGAAUACUGAGCUAGACGGUUCAGACCUGGACGGGUUGUUCGAUGAUGGUGAUGAAACAAAUCUCCAGGAGGCAUAG